CUAGAAAGGGGUGUCCUAGGCGGUCGCAGGCUGGUGGGGCGGAGCCUGCGGCCUCCAGCCUAGACCAGGGGAUUCAACCCGCUCCAGAGUACUGCUGCGCCGAGCCCACCUGGCCCAGGGGUCUCCUUUCAUAGAUCGCAGUCUUUCCUCCCCCAGGCUCCAGGAAUUGGGGCCCUCAACCCCCUUCUUCCUCAAAUCCAGGAGUCCGAGCUCCCAGCCCCUCCUCCCCCAGGCUCCAGAAGUUCUGGCUCAAGGCCUCUCCUAUCCCUAAGCCCCUGAGGCCCUUUCCCUGCUGCCUUCACAGGGAGGGACAGCCUCCUGACCUCCACUCUGACCCUCCUCCGGUGGGGGCCCUGUCCUCCCCUCAGUCCAGGUCCCCAUCACAGCCUUGGCAAUGACUCUCGCAACUUCCUCUCAGCGCUCCCAAAUCAUUCGCUCCAAGUUCAGAUCUGUCCUCCAGCUUCGGAUCCACAGACGGUAUCAGGACCCAAGCCUCUCAGGGUCCUUCACUGCCUCUCCAGUCUUGGAUCCAGAUCCGUGGGUCUCAGCCACAGACCCUGCUCUGGCCCCCAGGGCUCCGGCCCCAGUCUCGCCCUUGGGCCCCACCCCUUUCCUCCUCAACCCUGGGGACCUGCUCCAUGAAUCAGAAUACUGCCCUUGGAGGUCCCUGAAGGAGUCUCCCAAGAUCUCCCAACAUUGGAGAGAGCCCAAGCCAAAGGGGAACUUGACCUACCACCAGUACAUGCCCCCAGGGCGGAGACAAGGGUCCAGGGUAGACUCCCAGGCCAAAGGGUUGGCCUUGGGUCCCCCUGGACCACCUCUGUGGGAAGGGACAAACUCACAGCAGCCACCUCCCAGGAUGAAGCCCACUGCCCUCACUCCCUCCCCACCUGGAGUCCCCAGCCCCUCGCCCCCUCCACACAAGUUGGAACUUCAGACCCUUAAGCUGGAGGAGCUGACGGUCUCAGAGCUCCGGCAGCAGCUGCGCCUGCGGGGCCUCCCGGUGUCGGGGACUAAGUCGAUGCUCCUGGAGCGCAUGCGCGGCGGCGCCCUGCCCCGCGAGCGGCCGAAGCCGCGGCGCGAGGACUGUCCCGCGGGCGCUCCCUGGCCGCGCCUCAGGCCCAAAGCUCUGGGAGCCGUCCGGCGGCAGGGCUCGCUCAAGCCGAGCCCAAACUCUCACCCUCCGCCUCCUGCAAGUGCCUCGGACACCCCUGCUACUGCUGCGGUCCCGGCCCCGGCUCCGGCUCCGGCUGCGGCUCCAGCACCGACUCCUUCCUCAGCACUGCCCACAGCGGCCCUGACUGUGGAGGAGGAGCUGCAGGAAGCCAUCCGCAGGGCACAGUUGCUUCCGAACCGGGGCAUUGAUGACAUCCUGGAGGAUCAGGUGGAGCCUGAGGACCCGCUGCCCCCCAUCCCCCUGGACUUCCCCGGCUCCUUCGACGUGCUGUCCCCCUCCCCGGACUCUGAAGGCCUCUCCUCUGUCUUCUCUUCCUCGCUCCCGUCCCCCACAAACUCCCCGUCCCCCUCUCCCAGGGGCCCCACAGACUCCUUGGACUGGUUGGAGGCUCUGAGUGGAGGUCCCCUGCUAGGCUGUGGUCCCCCAGCCCCCAGCAUCUUCUCUGCUGACUUAUCUGACUCCAGUGGAACCCGGCUGUGGGACCUGCUGGAGGAUCCAUGGUGAUGGAUGCUGGGGUUUCCAGGGACGGAGAACUGGUGGGCAUGGGAAGGUCACCGAGACAGACUCCCAAAGGAGGGGGUGGGACAACCGGCAGAGCCCCUCCCACCACAGACACAGAAUCAGAGAGGACUCUCAUCCCCACCAGGCCCCGAACUGCUGCUGACAUGCCAACCGCCUGACUCUCGCCUGCCUGACCUCCAUAUGAUCCCCUCCAUGGUUGUGUGGUUGGGGGCGGGGAGGUGUCAUUUGCUGCGGGCCAGGGGCAAACAAGCUGCUUGCUGCUUCCUUCAGAGA